UGUCAGAGAGAGCAUCUGUCAAGCCCACAUUUAAACUGCUGCCUGCCUGUGCAGCAGCUGAAGAACCGUGGAUUUCAUAUUACAGACUAAAACCCCAGUAAAACUGCUCAAAAAAAAAUCCUUCCUGCAGCUGCCAGGCAACAACGACGGAAGAGAGGCAAAGCCCUUUUUUUUCCCCCAAUGCAAGUGAAACACUAAACCCUCGCUCUGCUGCUUUACAUUGCAGCUCAGCACUAUUACGAGAAAUAUGGAUACUGAGAAGAGAAUACAGCACCGCAUUGUCCAGCCGGGGAAUACAGCAGAUGUAAGGAGCUUCAAUGCAUCAACUAUCGGAAAGAGACAACAGUGCACCAAAUAGAACGGACAACUACAGCUCUUUUGUUUAAUCAAAGGGAGAAAAUGAAAGAAAGGGAAAAUCUCUGAAGACUAGGACACAUAUGAACAAGAAGGGUAACUUGAAUACGCGCCGACAGAUGGACACUUUGGAUACUGUGAAAAGCAAUCACAGGAGGCAGACUGUUGGGGGAUGUGCGCAUGUUCGAUAGCAUCGGUUUUUUUGGGUUUUUUUUUUUUUUUCCUGAAGUGAUGGCGUGCCAAAAGUAUUUUCGGUGGGCAUAAUCUUCUCCACCUAAAUGGCCUGACCAAGAAAGAAAGAAUGACUUCGAGAGACACAUAACUGAACCAGAAAAUAAUGACCAAAGAACAGUACUGAUUCUGGAAAAAAACAACAGUACUUUUGGCCUCGUAGAUCUUACUCUAUUACUGGAUAUUUACAACAUGCUUCAGUGGAGGAGAAGACACUGCUGCUUUGCAAAGAUGACCUGGAAUGCUAAAAGGUCUCUGUUCCGGACCCACCUCAUGGGUGUACUUUCUCUAGUGUUUCUUUUUGCUAUGUUUCUGUUUUUCAAUCAUCAUGACUGGCUACCGGGUAGACCUGGAUUCAAAGAAAACCCUGUGACAUACACCUUCCGAGGAUUUCGUUCUACAAAAAGUGAAACAAAUCACAGCUCACUUCGGAACAUUUGGAAAGAAACAGUUCCUCAGACUCUGAGGCCUCAGACAGCAACUAACUCCAAUAACACAGAUCUAUCACCGCAAGGAGUUACAGGACUAGAGAACACACUCAGUGCCAAUGGAAGCAAUUAUAAUGAAAAGGGGACUGGACAUCCAAACUCUUACCAUUUCAAAUACAUUAUCAAUGAGCCUGAAAAAUGCCAAGAGAAAAGUCCAUUUUUAAUACUAUUAAUAGCUGCAGAACCUGGGCAGAUAGAAGCAAGAAGAGCUAUCCGGCAAACAUGGGGCAAUGAAAGUUUAGCGCCUGGCAUCCAAAUCACACGGAUUUUCUUGUUGGGCAUAAGUAUUAAGCUAAAUGGCUAUCUUCAACAUGCAAUUCUAGAAGAAAGCAGACAAUAUCAUGAUAUAAUUCAACAGGAAUACUUAGAUACAUACUAUAAUCUGACCAUUAAAACAUUAAUGGGUAUGAACUGGGUUGCAACAUACUGUCCACAUAUUCCAUAUGUUAUGAAAACGGACAGUGACAUGUUUGUCAACACUGAAUAUUUAAUACACAAGUUGCUAAAGCCAGAUCUGCCUCCUAGACAUAACUAUUUUACUGGGUACCUAAUGAGAGGUUAUGCACCUAACAGAAACAAAGACAGCAAGUGGUACAUGCCACCAGACCUUUAUCCAAGUGAGCGUUACCCUGUCUUCUGUUCAGGAACUGGUUAUGUUUUUUCUGGGGAUCUAGCAGAAAAGAUAUUUAAGGUUUCUUUAGGCAUCCGUCGUUUGCACUUGGAAGAUGUGUAUGUAGGGAUCUGUCUUGCCAAGUUGAGAAUUGAUCCUGUGCCCCCUCCCAAUGAGUUUGUAUUCAAUCACUGGCGAGUUUCUUACUCAAGCUGUAAAUACAGCCACCUAAUUACCUCGCAUCAGUUCCAGCCUAGUGAACUGAUAAAAUACUGGAACCAUUUACAACAAAAUAAGCACAACGCCUGUGCCAACGCAGCAAAGGAAAAAGCAGGCAGGUAUCGGCACCGCAAACUACACUAAAAGACUAUUUUUGUUCAAGUGUGCAAUCUGUAAAUACUACUUAAAGCAUGUAUAGUUAACAACUUGAUUACAUACAUAGGACAAGUUUUAGUUCACAACUCAUCACAUAAAGGAAUCCAAAACUAUUUUUUUAAUUUCUGAAGAAGCUAAUUCAUAAAAUUACAACAUUAUGACAGAAAGAUAUCCCAAAAGAGUCUAUUUAAAGAUUGUUAAAAAGGGAUUCUCUGUAUUAACAUGCAAUAAUAAGCAUGCAUAAAUGGUUCAAGUCUUACAUUAGGGAUCAAUACAAUGUACCUGCAUAUAUUUUCCACAAAAAUCUUAAUUUAAGAAAUGAAGACAGUCAAAAGAUUCCUAGGUUUACUUUGGAUUUCACCAUAUGAUUUAAUGUAAAUAAGACAGUACUAUUGAUUUUAAGGGAACUUUGUAACUGCAAAGAACACAUUUUCUGACUAGACUCUGGAGUUCUAAAACUUUAUACUACAUGCAAUAAGACUUAGUUAAGUUAAUCCAUAACUCAUUUAUAUUCAGGUGUUUGAGCAAUGCAAUUCUCAUUCAAGCAUUUACUUUUAAAAAUAAUUGAUAAUUAUUUCUAUUUCUUUUAUUAAUUAAUCUCGUAUAUACUGGGAAAAUUAUUUUGACAUGAUGUGGUAAAUGUGAAAAAAAAUUAAUGUGUCUCAGGCUCAAGUUUUUAUAAAAUGAAUUAUUAAAGGUUUCAAAAUAGAUAAAUUUUGUUUCCUCAUUGGUAUUAAUGGCCAAGCCAAUACUUCAAUGAAUUUUGCAUUUAGACGAAAUAUUGCACUCUUGGAGAGUGCUGUCAUUUAACUACAACUAUACCUGACUUCACGUAUGUCUGUAAAAUAGAAUCAUGUUCCUCUAACUGAAGCAAAAGUACUAACAUAGAAGCACAAUGAUUAUGUGUUGUUGAAAAAGGACGAAAAAAGGAAUGCAGGUAGUAAUUUCUUUCAAUAUAUUUUUAAGAUGCAUGUCUGCCAAACAGCAACAUAUGGGAAGUUUAUUUUCUGAAAGCAGGUGUACAUAAUCCAACAUUUAAUCAUUUUAUGGAACUUAUUUCUUUCUCUCAAUGUCAAGUUUACAAACCUAGGUUUUUCAUUUGGUAAAUGACAACUAUCUGCAUCACCAAUUAAAAAUCAUUUAGGGAGGGAUGGGGAGAAGCUACAAAUGUUUGAUGACUGUUUGCUUUUAGAAUGGACGACAUACUCAAUGCUCUUUUAUCAAGGUACCAUUAGUUUUAAAAGGUAAACAACAAAACCCUGAACUGAAUGUUAUACAAAUGUUCUCAUAUUUUGUUUGGCCCCAUCAUGAAUUUUAACAUCAAUAAACAAAAGCCCACUAACUUUAAAA